GGUCCGAAUAUGGAGCACGCGUUGGGGCAAUUGGACGCUGCUCAUCCACAAGAUGCCCUGACUCAUCCACGUGCGACAACAACCUGCGGAGUCUCCCCUCUCGGAAACUCCAAGCUGCUUCACCCGAUUCACACGCACCACAGAGGAAGGUCCAGUAUCGCUCUUUGGAUACCGUAUAUAUACAGGGGGACGGGCACUGGGGAGCGUCGAGCGAGUAACGCAUACUACAUACGACUUCCCAUACAGUCUUAGGACCCAAUCUUCUGCCACGAUGGGUAUUCCCAAGUUUUUCCGAUGGAUCUCCGAGCGGUAUCCACUCUGCAGUCAGCUCAUUCAGGAAAACCACAUUCCGGAGUUUGACAACCUUUACCUGGAUAUGAACGGCAUUAUACAUAACUGCUCACAUCCAAACGAUAACGAUGUCCAUUUUCGGAUGACCGAGGACAAGAUAUUUUUGGCAAUCUUCAGCUACAUCGACCACAUCUUCACGCGGAUAAAGCCUCGAAAGCUGUUUUUCUUGGCUGUCGAUGGAGUGGCUCCAAGAGCCAAAAUGAACCAGCAACGUGCGAGGCGAUUCAGAACCGCAAGAGAUACCGCGGAGCAACGCAAGCGUGCAAUCGCAAAAGGGGAGGAGCUCCCUAAAGAAGCCCCAUUCGAUUCAAAUUGUAUCACUCCUGGAACACCGUUUAUGGUGAGGCUCCAGGAGCAGUUGAAGUACUUUAUCAACAAGAAGAUUAGUGAGGACAGCGCGUGGAACUCGGUCGAAGUCAUUCUAUCAGGACAUGAAGUCCCUGGCGAGGGUGAACAUAAGAUCAUGGAAUACUUGCGAUUGGCGAAAUCGCAGCCAAACUACGAGCCGAACGUUCGGCAUUGUUUGUACGGUCUCGACGCGGAUCUCAUGAUGUUGGGUCUGCUCAGCCAUGAACCGCAUUUCGCUCUUUUGCGAGAGGAAGUCUCGUUCGGCAAAUCGCGGAAGACGAGCGUUGGAGCCAAUCUGGAGACGCAGAAUUUCUACCUCAUGCACCUCUCGCUGUUCCGCGAAUAUAUCGAUGCGGAAUUCUCCAGCUUGGCAGAAAAUCUGGCUUUCAAGUACGAUCUGGAGAGGAUCAUCGACGACUUCAUCUUGAUGGCAUACUUUGUUGGAAAUGAUUUCUUGCCGAGCCUGCCGGGUCUGCACAUUAACGAAGGAGCGUUGGCGUUACUCUUCAGGCUGUACAAGCAAAUGCUUCUCGAGGGCGGCGGUUAUCUCAAUGAUGCAGGCAAGCUGCAUCUCGGCCGAUGCGAGAUCUUCCUCCGUAAACUGGGAGAUCACGAACGCGAACUUUUCGGCAUUGAAGUGGGUGACGUCAAAUGGCUAAGGGGCAAGAACGCUGAACGUCAAGCCCCUCCCUCUCGCAAGAAUUCAAUUGUAUUGAGUAAGCAGCAGAGCGAUAUAUACGAUCAAAUCAAAACAUUCGUUCUGGCGCCCCGCGACAACGGACGUUUGACCUUUCCUGCGAGUUUACCCGCCAGGGAUCGAGCGUUCAUAAUAAGAUUGAGCACUGAGCUGGGCAUCAACCAUACGAUAGAUGCGAUUGGGAAGGGGAAAGGACUUCCUGAGCAUCACAUCAUAUUGGAAUGGGACGAUGAGGAUGAUGAGGACGACGAGGAAAGCAUGGAAGCUCGGCAACGCGUCUUGAAGAGAUGGGACAAAGCGGAAGUUAUCGAUGAGGACGAGAUUGCAGCCAACCUGGAGAGGGAGGAGAAGCAGAAAGUGGACGACGCAUUCGUGCAGUGGAAGCGCGAGUACUACAAGGAGAAGUUGGAAAUCAACUACGAUGAUCCAAAGCAGAUGGCCGAAUUCGUUUACCACUACGUUGAAGGACUGCAAUGGGUUGCAUACUAUUACUACAACGGAGUGGCGUCUUGGGAAUGGUUCUAUCCAUACCACUACGGGCCGAAAAUUACGGAUCUUGUGAACAUUGCCAACCUGGAUAUCAAGUUCGACAUUGGCACUCCGUUCCGUCCUUUUGAUCAGUUGAUGGGAGUGUUGCCAGCUGCGAGUAAACAGCAUAUCCCCGAAGCCUUCCAGGGUCUGAUGACGGACCCGACAUCUCCCAUCAUCGACUUCUAUCCCACCGAUUUCGAAUUGGAUAUGAACGGAAAGAAAGCCGAUUGGGAAGCCGUCGUGAAGAUUCCGUUCAUCGAUGAGAAGAGACUCCUCGCUGCGUUGGGAGCGAGAGAGAAUCAGCUGACUAGGGAAGAAAAGUCCCGGAAUACCCAUGGUCAUAGCUAUGCUUUCACGCUGGAUAGUGCGAAUGCCCAUCUCUACCCCUCGUCGCUACCUGGUUUCUUCCCUGAUCUUACCAGCUGCGUCUGUAAGAUGAGAGUAUAUAACCUUCCGACAAUCGGCGGGGAAGGUUUUGUCAAAGGGCUGACUUCAGGUGUUCAGCUCGGAGUGCGCGCCUUACCUGGCUUUCCGUCUAUGCAUACACUGCCACACACUGCGACGUUAGGAUUCCACGGCGUCAAGGUAUUCAACAUGGAAAGCCCCAAUGAGAGUGUCUUAAUUUCGAUUGAGAAUGCAUUCGAGGGCAAAUCGCCAGAGGAAAUCGCCAAGAGGUUGAUCGGCAACCGGAUCCAUUACGGGUGGCCGUUCUUGGUGGAAGCUUACGUCUCUUUCAUCGAAGACGAGUAUUUCAAGUACGAGCUUCAGAAAAGUGGGAAGCGUGUCGAUGUUGUAAAGACUCCGCAAGCCCCCGAGGCGCAAGAUCGGUUCUACAAAGCCAUCGAGAGGGUCGAAGGCUAUUAUAGCAAGCGGUUCGGAACCAUCACGGGUCCCAUAGACAUCAUUUUGCACGUUCGCUCCUUCAAAGGUAUGCGUUUACAGGAGGACGGUGCCUUGGUCAAGGACUUUGCGCCUUUCAGCGAAGAGCAAGCUGUCGCCUUGCAGACGAUCGUGGAGUCGGUGGAGGUGGAGGAUCCUCGCUACGCCGAGCAACCCGCUCCCGCCCUCGAUGUGGAUUACCCCUUGGGAGCAAGCGUGUUCUUCCUAGGCCUUCAACAAUACGGCAACGUCGCUGAAGUGUCUGGUUACGGUGACGAAAAGCUGAACAUCAAGCUCAACAAGCUCAUAGACGAUGAAUUCUUGAAAGAGCUUCACUUCACACGAAGAAGAGCCAUGGAGGCCGAGAGCGGAGAACGAUACGCUCCGAGCUGGCAGGUUGCCAAAUCGAUCGGGAUGUCGUCCCUUGCGCUGUCCAAAGUCACGUCUAGUUUGCACGUCAUCAGCAAGGCGUCGGAUCAACGAUACAACGUUGGCCUGAAUCUCAAAUUCGAGUCAAAGAAGCAGAAGGUGCUCGGGUACACGAGGAAGACUUCGACGGGCUGGGAGUAUUCCCAGAAAGCUGUGAAACUCAUAAGCGAUUACAAGGCACAAUUCCCAGCUUUCUUCGACGGCAUUGAGCAACGCUCCAAAGCCGAUUUUUAUCAAGACACCGACUUUUUUCCGCCGCAGUCGGCGUCCGAGAAGAUGACUCAAAUCAAGGAAUGGUUAAAGAACGCUGGAGUCAAAGACCUCGAAAAAGUGGCUCUAGAAACCAUGGCUCUCACCAAGGACGUUGUGUUAGACUUAGAGAGACAGGUUGGAGAGACUUACAAAGCGGCUGAACCGCUCCAGUACAAGCAGGUUAUCGUGAAGAACGUCCCGAGACCGGCAGUAUUGAAGGCAGCUCAUGCGCGCCACAGACUCAACCAUCAGAAAUUUGAUUUGGGGGAUCGUGUGAUAUCUGUGGUGGAUUCUGGCAGUGUGCCGCUUGGAUCUUACGGCACGGUCGUUGGUCUCGAGGGCUCAUUCCUAGAUGUUCUCUUCGAUAAAGCAUUCUUGGGAGGUACCACACUGGGUGGACGAUGCAAGGAGUCAUGUGGGCUGUCGGUACAUCGAGAGUCGCUAUUGAAUCUGACGCAUAUCCAGCCGCCGAUCAAAGGCACCCACCCGGUGCACGUCAUUCCGGCAUUUAAGCCCGUUGCUAAGUUUGCCAUGAAAUCAGGUGGCUUGGUUGCAGCCCAGCAGCACCAACAGCACCAGCGGGAGGAGUGGAUGCACAAGAAAGGAUUCGAUGCUCCGCCUACGGACAGCGCCUGGACGAAUCCACAGCGCAAGAACGACGCGGUUUACAAUGGGCCCAGGCAUCAAAACAGCUAUCAGAACGCGAAUCAACCCCAGCAACGACAACACCAACCCGACUACCAACGCCCUAAUGGGGUUCGAGGCUUUGAACCAAGACAACAGCCUGCGGGGAAACGGGAUGCGCACGUCCAUCUUGGAGAUACGAAACAGAAGUACGCGUCAAAGUCAGGCGUGCAGAUCGAGAUCACUAAGCGAUCUCAAAAGCCUGCCGAGAACACCACCGUCGCUCCUGUUGCGGCUGCUAACGACACGCGACAAGCUCCUACUAAGGCGAGCAAGAAACAGGUGGCAAAUACCAAGCCGGUCCCCAAUGAGAAGCUCGCAGGUACUGGACAAUCAGCCAAUGUUCAGCCUGCCCCGCCUCAAACGUCAGCCCCUGCGCCCGCUCCCAGUCAGCCCCAAUAUGCACAACAGCAGUCAGUGCCCGUAAAGGAUCGAGCGGCACAUCAAAGGAUACCGAGUCAGGAAGAGCAGCUGACGCAGAGCUUAAGAAACAUGCUGCAUAUCGGUGGCAACGCAAACCCGCAACCGCAGCAACACUUUGCGCCGCCAGAGCGUGUGUAUCCACAAUAUUCGCAGCACUACGGACCGCCACAUGGUGGCGGCUAUCCCCCGCAGCACUACCAACCCUACUCUGCGCAGCGCCCUGGCUUCGCUCCAUAUGUCCCGCCGCCACAGCAACCGCCGCAACAACCGCCGGUUCAGGAAGCACCUGUCGUCGAACAACAACUUGAUGAAGUCUCGGCACUAGAUGUUUCCCGACAGCUGAUGGCUAUGCUGCAGCCCGCCCGUGCUCACAGACCGACCGCGUCACCCGGUGGAGGGUUCAAUCCAUAUCAAGUAGCGUCGACGUCCAACCCCAUAUCGCAAGCAUCGAACGAGCUCGCAACGUUGGUGCAACAUAAAGGCGCUGGAGGACACCGUGGGCGUGCAGCAAGCCAUCAGCCGAACAAGAAUGCUGUGCCUGGCAAUAGACGCGGGUCGCAGCCUAAUACGGAAGAGGCAACCGCUGCUGCGGCGCAGAACAUCACGCAGAACAACGGUGCCGAAGGAGAUCAAGCUGGCCCGGACGCAUCCGAAGCCCACUUCCAGCAAGUCCAGAACACGGGAGGACCUCAAUUUCAAGGUCGUGGUCGCGGAAGAGGCAACUCGGUCAAUCGAGGGUACUCCAAUCAAUACGGUCGAGGUGGACGCGGUUAUCACCAACAAGGGCAACAUCAAAGUUAUCAGCAGGGCUCCUAUGGCGGCCAACAACAAUAUCAAAAUGGUGGAAAUUAUCGAGGAGGGUAUGGACGUCCUUAUGGACAGGCCCAACAUCGUGGGGCCCAUGUAUACGAUCAGGGUCGGGGUCGUGGCGGCAAAACCUACCAGAACAAUGGGGGUGGUGGUGGAGGGGGAGGACCUGCAGGCGCUGAAGCCCCUGGGCAAAUCUAAUCUUCUACUGUCUGCUUUUCUUUCCGGGCUGGUCUGAAACAUUGUAUUGGCGAUGUCCUAGUUUUGGAAAUGUGUACAUAAGGCAUUUUUAUUCUAC